UCUAGUAACAGUUGCCGUAGUUAGUGACAGUGCUAUAGAUAGUACACACCGAGCCCAAGCCUAGUUAAAAAAUAAUAAAAUGAUAAGAAAAAGAGGAUUUUUAACUGUACUGCAGAGGAAUAUAGCUCUAAGUACAAGGCUACAGACAACCGUUGGGGCUCAAGAAGUGGAGCCAAGGGAUAUUCCUUUAAAGCCCUUUGAGGAUAUACCCUAUCCUAAAGGAUUACCUAUCGUGAAAAAUAUGUUAACAUUCAUGUUGAAUGUUAAAACUGCUCAUCAUUUCCAUACUAAGUUGAGGAAAGAGUUAGGAGAUAUCUACAGACUUCGAUUACCAGGAGGGAAUGAUUUGGUGUUUAUCAGCAACCCUGAGGAUAGCAGGACGUUGUACAGUAAAGAUGGAGAAUAUCCUUUCCUCCCUGGUUUUGAGGUUUUCGGGAAAAUGAGAAUGGAAGGUUUACCACACUUGUAUCCAGAUACACCAGGAUUACUAACUCAGGGCGAGCCCUGGAGUAAAGUUCGACGAGCUGUUCAACAAGACAUGAUGAGACCAAAAAGUGCUCUCUACUAUGUUGAUGAACUGAACGAAACGGCUCAAGAGCUUUGUGACAAACUUGCAGCUGAUCUUGAUGAUAAUCAAGAAACUGUAGAGCUUAACUAUACACUACAGAAGUUUGCUGUUGAUGCGACGGGACUCAUGUUUAUUGGAUCACACCUUGGAGUGAUAAAAGGAAACCCGGACGGAACAAAGUUGAUGGCCGCCGUUUCUGGUUUUCUUGCCAGGUUUCAGACGGUUGCUUUUGUACAUGAGAGGGUUUUAAAGCUGACUGGAAUCUAUAAGGAGGUUUGUGAUAACAUGGAGACUAUGUACAAUAUAUGCAAUAAGAAGAUCAAUGAAGCAAUUGAGAAACACAAGACUGAUGGAUCAUUGAAAGGAACUGUGCUCUGGAAGUUAUUGGAAAGAUGUGGAGCAGAGUCUCCGAUUCCAACUAUUAUGGCGGUAGACUCCCUCUCUGCUGGUAUUGAUACUACAGCACACACAGCAACCUUCCUACUCUACCAUCUAGCCAUCAACCCGGAGAAACAGGAGAUCCUCUUCAACGAGAUAGACAGGGUAGUCGGCAAGAACGGGAAUAUGACAGAAGCUAAACUUGAAGAAAUGAAAUAUCUGAAGGCAUGUAUGCAGGAAUCCCAAAGGAUCUGGCCUGUUGCCAUUGGAACAGCAAGAAAGACCCAAACAGACAUAGUUCUCUCAGGAUACCAUAUUCCAGCAGACACUGUUGUUAUACGAAACGGAAUACUGUCUUCCAAUGAUGACAAGUUCUAUCCCAACGCUGAUCAGUUUCUACCAGAACGAUGGAUCCGUGGAUGUCCACAGCACCAGAAAGUUGAUCCCUACGCAAAUCUUCCCUUUGGACAUGGACCUAGGGCUUGCAUUGGCCAAAGGUUUGCCCGGCUUGAGCUUUACAUGGUUACUUUUAAGAUGAUUCAGCAGUAUAGGCUAGAGUAUCAUCAUGAACCCAUCGAUGUAGAUUUUACUGGGAUAGGACAUCCAGACAGAGAAGUAGUUCUUAAGAUGAUUAAAAGAACUUAAUUCUUCAUUUAUAUCUUCUUUUUAUUUCUUUUUAUUAAUAUACAGUGAUAACCAGAAAACUUGGAUUAGGAAGUCGAAUUUAGGAAGUUAUGAUUUUAAAUAAUCCUAUGUGCAUGAGAACCGUUAACUCAGUGUAAGCAGACCCAUUUCACUUAAAAGUGAUUUAAAGCAAUAUUUUUUAUAUCCAAAUGCCAUCAGUAUUGCGUUCAUACGUAUAAAAAAGCUAAAAGGCACCAAAAUAGAAAAACAAGUAAAAGGCACAGGUGACUGCACACACUGUAGACUGACGGGCAAUGGACAACCGCACAAACUGUAAACUGACGGGCAAUGGACAGUGGACAACCGCACAAACUAUAGAUAGACGAGCAACAGACAACCGCACAAAUUGUAGACUGAUGGAUAACGGGCACCCCACACAAAUUGUAUACUCACGGACAACGCCAAUCGCACAAACUGUAGACAGAAGAGCAACAGACAAUCGCACUAACUGUAGACUGAUGGACAAUCGGCACCCUACACAAACUGUAGACCGACGGACAUCGCCAAUCGGAAAACCCCAAAAACUGUAGAAUGACGAGUAAUUAAGGGGUAACCGUACAAACUGCAGACUGACGGGCAACGGACGUUCACAAAAACUAUAGAAUGACGGACAACAGGCAACCGCACAAACUGUAGACUGACGGAAAUCGUACAACCGCACAAACUGUAGACUGACGAACAAGGGGCAACUGCACAAACUGUAGACUGACGGAAAUCGUACAACCCCAAAAAAUGUAGACUGAUGGACAACAGGCAACCACACAAACUGCAGUAGACUGACGGACAACAGACAACCGCACAAACUGUAGACUGACAGAAAUCGGACAACCCCAAAAAAUGUAGACUGACGAGCAAUGGGUAACCGCACAAACUGUAGACUGACGGACAACAGGUAAAUACACAAACUGUAAACUGACGGACAACAGGUAAUUACACAAACUGUAAACUGACGGACAACAGGUAAUUACACAAACUGUAAACUGAAGGAAAACAGGUUAUUACAUAAACUGUAAACUGACAGAAAACAGGUUAUUACACAAACUGUAGACUGACGGUCAACGGGCAACCGGACAAACUGUAAACUGACGGACAACAGGUAAUUACACAAACUGUAGACUGACGGGCAAAGGACAACCACAAAAACUGUAGACUGAUGGACAACGGGCAACCACACAAACUGUAGACUGACGGACAACGGACAACCGCAAAAACUGUAGACUGACGGAAAUCAGACAACCCCAAAAAAUCUAGACUGACGAGCAACCUGUUACGGACAACAGGUUAUUAAACAAACUGUAAACUGACGGACAACAGGCAACCGCACAAACUGUAGACUGACGAACAACGGGCAACUGCACAAACUGUAGACAGACAGGCAACAGACAACUGCACAAACUGUAGACUGACGGAACUGGCAACUGCACAAACU